CUGAGAAGGCUUCGAAAAAUCGGUGACUGUAGUGUGUGGUGUUCCCGAGGACUAGAAUAAAGACAUAUAAAUAACGACGAGGAGUUUUAAUACCGCGUUUAAAUAACGCGGCCAAUACGUCCAUUAAUUGUGUAACGACUUACUACAUAUAUAUUUAAAUAAUAAUAAUAAUAUUAAUAUAUAAAAAUAUAAUUGACAGUGUGAAUGACAAAAACGGUCGUGACGCCGCCCACACGUCGUCGUCGUCGUCGUUAACGCGAGCUUGGCUUUCGUCGUCGCCCCCGCGGGAAAAUGGUCUGCACGACGACUAAUUAUUAAGUUUUAACUGAUGAUAAUAUUUUAUUUUAAAUAAUAAUUAUUAUUAUUUUAAUAAUUAUUAUUAAUAUUUAUUACAGAAUUAAUAUUAACCCCAAAAUGAUAAUCAUAAAACAAUUAUUUCUCUAUCAGUGAGUACCGUUUAGUUUGACAAUUAUAAUACGAGAUUUAACGUGACGUGAAAGACGAGCGGAAGAGAGUGCGAGUGGUGUUGAGGUAGGAGAGUAAGUCUCCAAUCGUGCGUAAGCUAGUGAUAGAGAGAGAUAUCAUAUACUUAUACAGUUAAAAAACUGGUGUUUAAAAAUUUAACAGAUAAAAAUUUGAAAAUUUUAAGUCAAUGUGAAAAAAUUGAGUGGGAAAUUUUAUAUGGUACUCGGAAUGGAGUAAAAAAACGGUUAUCAUGUCAAUUUAGGUGCAACGUCGUAGUACAUUAAUUUGAAAAUAAGUAAAAUCGAAAAACCGAAGUAGUGUAUUGCGUUACUUCGAGAGAAAGAAGUAGGGAAAAGGUGCGACGUGGGCGAUCAGAAUUGAGUACGUCUGUAUAAUCUUUUUGAUACAGUCUAUUAGAACACGACAGUUGUAUUGAGUUAACGCACCAUCAUAGUCACGGUUAAGUGUUUCAGUGCCCUAGAAUUCUAAUGUAUCGGAGAAAUUUUUAGAGGAAAAAUAAAAGAGAAAAUAAAAAAAGAAAAAAAAAAGUUGAGGAAAAGCAGAAGAAGAAGAAGAAGAAGGCAAUCUUCAUUGAGUGUGUGUGGCUAUAUAAUUGUCGUCGUUAUCAUCGUAUAGUAGGUUGUCCGUGCGCGGCGCGUUACUAUAAACCAUUCUAAAAACGUUGAUUCAUUCUGCUGGUCUUCUUUUUGGUAUCUACUGCAGCACCCUCUUGCCCGCUGGUUCUCUAUGUAUGUGUAGUUUCUUGAUUAUUAGCAAGUGCGCUGUACCGCGGUUUAUUAUUUUUAUCGUUGUCAAGUACCGAUGAUUAUAAAAAACGUACGACAACGAAAACAACCACGACAGAAAUUAAAUAUACAAUAAAAAAAAUUUUUGGUAUCUGCAAGGAAAUUUAAUUUUAAAAAUAUUAUUUUUAAAGACUAUCAGGACGAGUGCUACGAGGAUAAAAAAACCAGAGGUAUUUUUGCCUCAGUACUGUAAGACUAGAUUAUCAAUAAUAACCAGCAGGUACAACAGAAACUGAUCGCGGAAAUACAAAUCCUCAAUUGCAGAGAAAAGUAAUUUUAUUUUAUUGUUUUAAAAUUAGUUAAAAAUAAAGAUUUAGUAAAUUUAUAGUUUCUGUGUUUAGGAGUUGACGUUAUAUUUAAUUCGUCGUUGCUGUUUUACGUACGACUAAAUUAACUGAAGUACUACUCUACCGAUUGAGUAAAGAAGAGCGUGUCAACGGAGAGACAGAGGCUAUAUCAUAAUAAUAAUUUUCAUCAGCAGUUAUCAUUGGUAAAAUAGCUGAUGGGUACGCGAUGUGAUAUUGGCUGUCAUUGAUGUACGUGAUAUUUAAUACAACAAGUUGGAUUAAUAAUUAUUAUUGUAAUAAUAAUAAUAACGAUAAUAGUAACAAUAAUACUAUUAAAAUUACUACGAAAGAGUUUGAAUCAUUAACAUCAAAAGUUAAAGAACUAGUGUUGUGUUUUUUAAUAAAAUUGUCAUUGUCAAGAGGAAGAUAUCACAGGUCGUACGAAUUUGAUUUAGUAAAAGCGGAAGAGACAAAGGUGGAGGUGGUGGGUUGCAAUUCAGAAUGAGCGGCCGUCCAAGGACCACCUCUUUUGCUGAGGGGACUAAACCCCCCGCGAAUCCGCCCCUGGGCGGCAUGAAGAUCAGCACACUGUAGCGUUUUCGUAUUUUUCGCUUGUUUCUAUGGGUGGUGCAAUGUGCAAUUCAGGCAAGGAUGGCAGUAAAGUGACCACUGUGGUAGCAACACCUGGUGCUGGUCCAGAUCAUCCACAGGAGGUAUCAUACACUGACACUAAAGUUAUUGGCAAUGGGAGUUUUGGAGUCGUAUAUCAGGCUAAACUCUGCGACAAUGGUGAAAUGGUAGCAAUCAAGAAAGUACUUCAAGAUAAAAGGUUCAAGAAUAGAGAACUCCAAAUAAUGCGACGACUGGAGCAUUGUAAUAUUGUUAAACUUAAAUAUUUCUUCUACUCUAGUGGUGAUAAGAACGUCUUAAACUCAACUAAUCCAGUUUUUCAUGUGUCCAAGGAUGAAGUUUAUCUCAAUCUUGUGCUGGAAUAUAUACCGGAAACAGUGUAUAAAGUUGCGCGGCAUUACAGCAAGAGUAAACAAACGAUACCUAUGAGUUUCAUUAAGCUUUAUAUGUAUCAACUGUUCCGAUCGUUGGCAUAUAUUCAUUCAUUAGGAAUUUGUCACAGAGACAUUAAACCACAAAAUUUACUACUUGAUCCAGAGAGUGGUGUAUUAAAACUCUGUGACUUUGGUUCAGCAAAACAUCUCAUUAGAGGAGAGCCUAACGUGUCUUACAUCUGUAGUCGUUAUUAUCGAGCACCAGAACUCAUUUUUGGCGCUAUCGAUUAUACUACAAAAAUCGAUGUAUGGAGUGCUGGUUGUGUAUUAGCAGAAUUAUUACUCGGUCAACCAAUAUUUCCAGGUGACAGUGGUGUUGAUCAGCUUGUGGAAAUAAUUAAAGUUCUCGGUACACCGACACGCGAUCAAAUUCGUGAAAUGAAUCCGAAUUACACAGAAUUCAAGUUUCCACAGAUUAAAUCACAUCCUUGGCAAAAGUUCAUGCUCCAACGAAUGAGCGCUCCAAAGUGUACGACAAAGCAUCAAAAAAUUAGAGUAUUCCGAGCACGUACACCACCAGAAGCAAUGGAUUUAGUAUCUCGACUUCUUGAAUACACACCACCAUUACGAAUAACACCACUAGCUGCAUGUGCUCAUCAGUUCUUCAAUGAAUUACGAGAGCAAGGAACAUCAUUGCCAAAUGGCCGUGAAUUACCACCUUUAUUUAAUUUUACUGAACAUGAAUUACGAAUUCAACCAAAUUUAAAUUCACAAUUAAUACCUAAAUAUAUGCGAUCGUCGGAAACGAGUACCGAUGGUGGACAGCCAGCCGAAACUACGACAACCACUGCAUCUGCUAGUGGUAAUUCAACUGAUAGUAAUGUUAACACAACAACACCUUCCGUCACACAAAAUUCAGAUGCUAAUCAAUCGACCAUGGCUUGAAUAAAAGCUAACUAAAACAUUAAAUAAAUAAAUAAUAAAUUUAAAAAUAAAAAUAAAUAAAAAAAUUAUUUUUCAUCGUUACGACUUUGGAGAUUUAUCAUUUAGAAAGAAAAAAGAAAAAAAAAAGUACACAUCCUUAUUGAACGGAUAAAUCAAUAAAAUUUAUUAUUUAUUAUAUCUCAUAGACUGUGAGAUAUGGAUGCCCCGUUGUAAAUUGAACUCAAUUCAAACUAUAAAUGAUUUAAAACUGAUGUAAAAUUACUUUUAUUUACAUUUGAGACUUUUAUUAUUACAAAGGUAUAUCUAUAUCUAAAAUCUUUUUUUUUUUUUUUUUAAAUAAUUAGUUAUAGUAAAAUGAGCAAUUACUUAAUUCACGUAGCAAUUAAUUUAAAGUAAUUAUUACAUCAGUUUUAUCAAGUGGAUUGAAUUCAGUGUAUAUAUAAUAGGAAGAACUGGUAUGAGGCCUCUUAAAAAAAGGGUUUAUAUAUGCAAAUAUAAUACUUGGUUAAAGAGAGAUGUGUUAACGUAAAUAAUGUGGUGGUAGUACGUUAGAAUCGUUUGCGUCGUCUUUUUAUCGAGUUUUGUUUGGACAAUUUAAAUAAAAAGUAAAUUAAUUUAAAAAAAA